AUGUCCUGUGAGAGUUCGGACCACUUGACACAUUUAAAUAAGCUCUUUGAUCGUUUGUGUCAUUACAACUUGAAGUUAAAUCCCGCUAAGUGCGUUUUUGGGGUGCCAGCUGGCAAGUUGUUGGGGUUUAUAGUUAGUAGAAGGGGUAUUGAGCUAGACCCUUCUAAGAUCAAGGCAAUUCAAGAGUUACCUCCUCCAAAGACUAAAAAGGAGGUGAUGAGUUUCUUAGGGAGGUUGAACUACACCAGGCGAUUCAUAGCUCAAUCAACCGUGGUAUGUGAGCCUAUCUUCAAGUUGUUGAAGAAAGAUGCUUUGACAAAGUGGACAGAAGAGUGUCAGAGUGAUUUUGAUACUAUUAAGAACUAUUUGUCCAAUCCACCUAUGUUGGUACCUCCGCGAGAAGGGAGUCCUUUGUUGCUGCAUUUGUCCAUCUCAGAUAACGCAUUUGGAUGCAAUGGAACCGCUGAAGUAUAUUUUCCAGAAGGCGAUGCCGACCGAAAAGAAAAUCCUGUUAAUGAAGAGUAUGAACCGCUCAAGACUUAUUUCCACGAUAAAGAAGUAUUGUUUGUGGGUGAAGAUUUUUCUGAAACAUAUCCUGGUUGGAGACUAUUCUCUGAUGGAGCAACCAAUCACCAAGGUAAAGGUAUCGGAGUGGUCUUAGUGUCAGAAUCUGGUCAACACUAUCCCAUGGAAGCUAAGCUCUGA